AGAACCUGCAUGGAAUGGAGGAGCACUAGAGCAGCACUGUCGCUGUCGUCAAGACUCCCACCACCUCCACCACCACUGCUUCUCUGGAUUGUGUGGUAAUGGCAGAGACUCUGAGCAGCUCUGUGAUGCCUGAGGGACCAGCUGUGUUGAUGCGGUGCCACCUCUGAUAUGAUGCUGAGAGCAGGAGGGGCAGCCACCUCUCUCGCACUGCUGCUGUUGCUGCCAUUGCUGUGCUGUUGCCACCUGUGCCACUCACUGCGGGUUCCAAAACUCUCCUCGUAUGCAAAAGCAGAGGACAAGCUGUUCAAACACCUCUUUGGAAACUAUCAGAAAUGGGUUCGUCCGGUGGAAUACCUAAACCAGACCAUCUGUGUGAAGUUUGGACUGGCCAUCUCCCAGCUAGUUGAUGUGGAUGAGAAAAACCAGCUAAUGACAACCAAUGUGUGGAUGAAACAGGAGUGGAAUGACAUGAAACUCAGAUGGAACCCUGAUGACUAUCUGGGCAUCACAACUAUACGAGUCCCUUCUGACAGGAUCUGGCUCCCUGACGUUGUGCUGUAUGAUAAUGCAGAUGGUCGUUUUGAGGGUACUGUCACCAAGGCUGUUGUUAAGUAUGAUGGAACAAUAUCAUGGACACCACCAGCUAAUUACAAAUCGGCCUGCACCAUUGACGUCACCUUCUUCCCCUUCGACCUCCAGAACUGUUCAAUGAAGUUUGGCUCCUGGACCUAUGAUGGCUCCCAGGUCGACAUCAUUCUGGAGGAAUUCCACGUGGACAAGCAGGACUAUUUUGACAAUGGCGAGUGGGAGAUAGUGAAGGCCACAGGCAGCCGCGGUCUGAGGACAGACAGCAGCUCUUCCUAUCCCACCAUUACCUACUUCUUCAUCAUCCGCAGGUUGCCUCUUUUCUACACCCUCUUCCUCAUCAUCCCCUGCAUCGGCCUGUCCUUCCUCACCAUCCUCGUCUUCUAUCUGCCCUCCAACGGCGGCGAGAAGAUCUCUCUCUGCACCUCAGUGCUGGUCUCGCUCACUGUCUUCCUCCUGGUCAUAGAGGAGAUCAUCCCCUCCUCCUCCAAGGCUAUCCCUCUCAUCGGGGAGUACCUGGUCUUCACCAUGAUCUUCGUCACGCUCUCCAUCAUCAUCACCGUUUUUGCCAUCAACAUCCACCACCGCUCCUCUUCUACACAUCAUGGCAUGGCACCGUGGGUGAAGAGGAUCUUCCUGCAUCGACUACCCAAGCUGUUGUGCAUGCGCAGCCACGUGGACCGCUACGCCACAGCUGGAUUAGCUGGGACAGGGGGAGCUGUCAGACUGGGAUUGAGGAAGGACUCACCUGAGUUCACUCCUCUCCUUUACACCCGACAUAACCUACAAGCAGCUUUGGAUUCUAUCCGCUACAUAACCAUGCACGUAGUUAAAGAAAAUGAGGUCAGAGAGGUGGUACAAGACUGGAAGUUUGUAGCCCAGGUUCUGGAUCGAAUGUUUCUGUGGGCCUUCCUGCUGGUGUCAAUCCUGGGCUCCGCUCUCCUCUUCAUCCCAGUUAUUUACAAAUGGGCCAGCAUCAUCGUCCCUAACCAUGCUGGAAGCACCCUCUAAAUACCACAAUUCAACUAACAAAUAGAGGCAAAGCACAUUAACAGCUACAGCCCUGCUCUGGUUAUCCACAGCCAUGCCAGACAUUGAUUGCUGAGUACAUCUCACAGAGAGUUUUUUAAAAAGAGAUUCUGUUUCUGAGUUUAGACAUAAGUGUAAAACUCAUUUUAUGUACUUCAUACAGUAUGAGAAAAAUUGACUGCUUUAUGAAUGAAAAUAAUUCAACAUUCAGUGAUAUUCGCUGCAUUUUUUUGCCCACAUUUCACACAUGAAUAAAAAUCAACACAUUCAUUUGGCCUAGUGUAUUUGCUGGCAUCACAGAGUGGAGAUUUAUCAUUGAGUCUGGUAGAGGUAGGUACAAAAUGACAAGAACAAGUCCUCACAGGAUCAUUUAAGAUGACUAUCUCACCACCGGCCCUUAAAGUAUGUUUAUGCAGGUUACAUAACAGAGUGAAAUAUGAUAACAUAUCUUGAUGGUUGACUGAUGUUUGAAGAAAAGGCAUUUCUCAUGAGUUUUUUUUUCUCAUGCUCAUUUUUAUUUGCUUUGUGAACAUUUCCACUAACUAUAGUGUCUGCUUUUCUAUAAUUCCAGUUUCACAAAUCUCCAUUACUUAUCCUGGCAUCAGCAGCAGCCUGGAAGUUAUGUAAGUUUUCUGGAGAACAUCCU